CUUCGGCGAUAAGGCUUCAUUGGAUCCGAUCUUAUCAAUCUGCCACAGACUAUCCCAGAUGGAUGCUAAACAAUUCUAACUUUCAAGAUCCAUCUGCGUCAUCAGAUCCUUGUCCAGACCAUCGCUGCGUUGUGGAAUGGCUGAGCGCCACUUGCUUCUAAGUUGUGUCUUUCGAAACAACCAUGUCCACCUUAGUCUGUCGGAGAUAACGCUCAGAUGCAGCGGCCAUGCAUGAGCAGCAAUGACCGAGCAUGUCCGAACAACUCGGACAUCACUACCGACGUCAUCGCCAGACCGACUCUAUAUAAGCCCCUCGAAUAACGCGUCUUGGUCAAAUGCAUCCCAAAAUCCUCGGAACUUCUUCCCAAUCAAAGUUCGGCCAACCAAAAGCGGUCACCCGUCUUCCCUUCACAAUGUCCGACAAAACCGUCCUCGAUUUCGCCGCGGAAGUCGAUUCCUACGCGGAACCCCACCUCCUGCCCAAUUCCCAGGACCUCAAAGAUACCCUCAACGCCAGCAACAGCCACGCAAUACCGCAGAUAGCCGUCUCCCCAGCACAGGGCAAGUUCCUCUCGCUGCUGACGCGACUAUCGGGGACCCGCAACGUCCUCGAGAUCGGCACUCUGGGCGGCUACUCCACUAUUUGCUUUGCGAAGGCUCUCAGACAACGAGGACAGGGGGGCAAAGUGACCAGUAUUGAGAUUCUCAAGGACAGACAAGAGCUCGCUAUUCAGAAUAUCCGCAACGCCGGGAUCAGUGUCCCCGAUGAAGCGGAAGUGUUGCUCGGGUCUGCUCUGGACGUGUUGCCGCAGCUCGAGGCAGAGAUUGAGCAGGGACAACGGCCCAGGUUUGACUUCGUGCUCAUUGAUGCCGACUGGGAGAACCACUGGCCGUACUUUGACUAUGGGGUUCGGCUGUCUAAUAAGGGUAGUAUCGUCUACGUGGAUAAUGCCGUCGGAGCCAUGAGGAGGUUUGGAAUUGUGGGUCCAGGAACGGAUAAGAAAGAGGUUGUUUCGUUGGUGGACAAGGUUGGUGCAGACAGUCGGGUCGAUGCGUCUUUGAUGCAGACUGUGGGGGCGAAGGGGCACGACGGAUUUUUGAUGGCGUUGGUGUUGUAGCUUGACGUUGACUGAUGUUAUGGAGGUACAUUUGGUGAUUGAUCCGGUGUAUUGACAUGACCUUGUUUAUUGAUGAAGCAUUUUUCGGCUACU